UGAUAGAGGGGCUAACUUGCCCCGCCAGCCUGCUGCCGGUUUGCGAACUGGAUGAAGGUCGGGGGAUUCUUUCAAUCUCCCUGGCACUACUAGACGGGCUACUAAAAAGAAAAAGUAAUAACUUUCUGAACAAGUCCCCAAAUCCAAAUCCGGCUCUUGUUCCUGCAUUGUUCAGAACUAGUCUGAGUAGCUACUGCGCAUCAGUCUUCUUGUACUUUCAUAAUCACAAACUUAAGGUUAAGGAUUCAAGCAUAUUUGCGAAUAAGCAUAUCUUGUCUAACUCUUUGUAUUUUUCCGUGAGACGUUCGCUUGGAGAAAUGAAGAUGUUUGCUGCUCGGAGUACUAGAGCGGAAAACGUUCGGAGGGAACAAGUAAAAAAAUCCUCUUGA